UUAACCAAAACUUUUGUCAUAAAAACAACAAAAGAAAAGAACUGUGAAGAAAGAAAAGAAAUGGGAAGGAAAAAGAAAAAAGGGACUCCGCCCGCAGAACCAGACCCAGAAAUUUCAUCUUCAUCUUCAACAGCAGCGAUCAAGAAACAGACAACUUCCAUGGCAGAGAGCAGCAGCAGCAACAACUAUGGAUCUUGGUCACCAAUAACCCACAUGGCUCAAGACCACCUCUUCUCAAUCCUCCUACUCCUACCCAUAGACUCAAUCCUCUCCUUCUCCAUGACUUGCAAGAGAUUCAAGUCCAUCACAUACUCUGACGGCCUUUGGGAAUCAAUCUGUAGGAGGGACUGGGGUCCCACCUCUGUUGAUGCCAUCAAAUCUUCUUCUUCUGCUGCUGCUACUGAUUCCAGACACCAUCACCUUCAGCUCCCAUGGAUGGAGCUCUAUCGACAGGUCUAUCAACUGGACUCUGUCUCUUGCCAUAGACUAUCUGAACCAGAUUGCGAUGAGUCCUUCCCAGGGCCCAGAGCUUCUCAUUCCUUCAAUUUUGUUUCUGGGUGCUUGGUUUUGUUUGGUGGGGGUUGUGAAGGAGGGCGCCAUCUUGAUGACACAUGGGUGGCAUACAUUGGUAAUGACUUCAAAAAGUCAUUGAAUUGGCAGAAAAUCAAUUCAGGUGUUCCAAGCGGCCGCUUUGGGCACUCAUGUGUAGUUGUUGAUGAUUAUAUUGUCCUCUUUGGUGGGAUCAACGACCAUGGUAUCCGCCAGAAUGAUACAUGGGUAGGUCAGGUGGUGCUAAAUGAGACCUUUGGUGUUACCUUGUCUUGGAGGCUACUAGAUGUGGGUUCCACUGCACCUCCGCCACGUGGGGCCCACGCAGGAUGCUGCAUUGAUAACAAAAGGAUGCUUAUCCAUGGGGGGAUCGGAUUAUCUGGACUUAGAGUUGGAGACACAUGGGUGUUAGAUCUCUCAGAAAAUUUCCUUUUCGGAACUUGGCAAGAAGUUGUGACUCAACCAUCACCUACGGCUCGGUCAGGACACACUUUAAACUACAUCAGAAAAAACCAAACAAUUUUAUUUGGAGGGAGGGGAUUGGGUUAUGAAGUACUUAAUGAUGUUUGGCUCUUUGAUUCAACUGGGGGUCACUUGAGAUGGCUGCAAUUAUUAUUUGAAUUACAAAACAUCCCCGGAGGACUAUCCCUCCCACGAGUUGGUCACUCAGCUACCCUUAUCUUGGGAGGCCGUCUGCUGAUUUAUGGAGGGGAAGAUUCAAACAGGCGAAGGAAGGAUGAUUUCUGGUUACUAGAUAUUAGUUCAAUUCCAUCUGUUGAAAUACAGCCCAUUACUGAGAAACGGAAGGGAUUGGUUGGCAAUAUGUGGAAAAGACUCAAUUCCAGGGGUUAUCAACCUAACUGCAGGUCUUUUCAUCGAGCAUGUGCAGAUCAGUCGGGCCGUUAUUUGUAUGUGUAUGGUGGAAUGGUGGAUGGGUUAUCACAGCCUGCGGGAGCUUCUGGUUUGAAAUUCGAUGGGGAGCUUUUUCUUGUUGAACUUGUGCUGCAGCUAUAGGCCAAAAAAAAACUUUUUCUUGUAGAAUUAAGGCAUGGUAUCUUCGCCUAAUGUAAGUCCUGUAAAUACUAGCUUAUGAUGUAGCUUGAACUUUGUUUUUUGGUACACAGCUUGAACUUUGUUGGUUAUGUAGAUUGGAUUGAUUACUUAAUAAUCACCUUUUUCCACA